AUGGGACGCCCCCCACCCUGUGCAAUCCAGACGUGGAUCCUUCUGUUUCUGCUAAUGGGAGCGUGGGCAGGACUCACCAGAGCUCAGGGCUCCAAGAUCCUGGAAGGUCAGGAGUGUAAACCCCACUCCCAGCCUUGGCAGGCAGCCUUGUUCCAGGGUGAGAGACUGGUUUGUGGGGGUGUCCUGGUCGGAGACAGAUGGGUCCUCACGGCAGCCCACUGCAAAAAAGAGAAGUACUCCGUGCGGCUAGGUGAUCAUAGCCUCCAGAGCAGAGAUGAGCCAGAACAGGAGAUCCAGGUGGCUCGGUCUACCCAGCAUCCCUGCUUCAACAGUAGCAACCCAGAGGAUCACAGUCACGAUAUAAUGCUCAUCCGACUGCAGAACUCAGCAAACCUCGGGGACAAGGUGAAGCCCAUCGACCUGGCCAAUGUGUGUCCCAAAGUUGGCGAGAAGUGCGUCAUAUCAGGCUGGGGCACUGUCACCAGCCCUCAAGAGAACUUUCCAAACACCCUCAACUGUGCGGACGUGAAAAUCUACUCCCAGAACAAGUGUGAGAGAGCCUACCCAGGGAAGAUCACUGAGGGCAUGGUCUGCGCCGGCAGCAGCAACGGGGCCGACACGUGUCAGGGCGACUCGGGAGGCCCUCUGGUGUGCAAUGGAAUGCUCCAGGGCAUCACCUCGUGGGGCUCAGACCCGUGUGGGAAACCCGAGAAACCAGGAGUCUACACCAAAAUCUGCCGCUAUACUACCUGGAUCAAGAAGACCAUGAAGAACAGGAACUGA